UUAGCAAAACAAAGAUGGCAAAGCUUUCAUUCCUUUCAAUGGGGAUGAUCCUCUUCCUCUGUUGUUGCUCCGCCAUUGCCGGAACGGCGACAGCCCAUCAAGGCCACGCGAGGUACAAGGACCCCAGUCAACCCAUCCCCACGCGGAUAAGAGAUCUAAUGGGAAGAAUGACCCUUCAAGAAAAGAUUGGCCAGAUGACGCAGGUCGAUUACUCCGUGGUCACCCCUGAAGUCCUGAGGGACUACUCCAUCGGCAGCGUGCUCAGCGGCGGAGGGAGCGUACCGUUCCCCAAAGCCAUGGCUGCAGACUGGUUGGACAUGGUGAACAAGUUCCAAAACGGUUCUCUCUCCAGUCGCCUCGGGAUCCCGAUUAUCUACGGCAUUGACGCAGUCCAUGGGCACAACAACGUAUAUCAAGCCACUAUAUUCCCGCAUAAUGUCGGUCUCGGGGCUACAAGGUAAAGAAUUGGGGCAGCAACAGCACUCGAAGCUAGGGCGACGGGGAUUAAUUAUGUGUUUGCGCCAACCAUUGCCGUAUGCAGAGAUCCGAGAUGGGGCAGGUGCUAUGAAAGCUACAGCGAGGACACGUCCGUUGUUCAAGCCCUGACGUCAAUCAUCCCUGGAUUGCAAGGCGAAAUUCCGGCGGGGGGACGUAAGGGAGUGCCUUAUCUCGGGGGAAACGACAAGGUUUUGGCCUGUGCAAAGCACUAUGUGGGAGAUGGGGGCACCACAAGGGGCAUCAAUGAGAACAACACAGUGAUCGAUUGGCAUGGACUGUUGAGCAUUCACAUGCCCGGUUAUUACAAAGCCAUAAUCGAGGGCGUCUCUACGAUCAUGGUCUCCUAUUCAAGCUGGAAUGGAGUGAAAAUGCACGCCGAUCGCUUUCUCGUCACGGACUUUCUCAAGAAUACCUUGAAGUUCAAGGGCUUCGUAAUAUCCGAUUGGCAAGGUAUUGAUAAGAUCACCUCCCCACCCACUGUAAAUUACACAUACUCCGUUGAGAAGAGCAUCGAAGCUGGGGUCGACAUGGUCAUGGUUCCUUACAAUUAUACGGUGUUCAUCGAUGCCCUGACCCGAUUGGUCAAUGCCAAUGUGAUCCCCGUGAGCCGGAUUGAUGACGCUGUCCAGAGGAUUUUAAGGGUAAAAUUCAUGAUGGGCCUAUUUGAGAACCCUCUAGGCGAUCGGACCUAUCUUUCCCAGCUUGGAAGCCAGGAGCAUAGGAAUUUAGCAAGAGAAGCAGUCAGGAAAUCACUGGUUCUGUUGAAGAACGGGCAAAAUGCGGAGCCCCCAGUAUUGCCGCUUGCCAAGAACGCCUCUAAGAUACUCGUCGCUGGGACUCAUGCCAACAAUUUGGGCUACCAAUGCGGUGGUUGGACCAUCACUUGGCAGGGUCAAAGUGGCAACAACAUAACCAGUGGGACCACUAUCCUAGGUGCGAUAAGUAAGGCCGUGGACGUCGACACAGAAGUUGUCUUCAGCAAGAACCCCGAUGCCGACUUCGUCAAGUCGCAAAACUUCUCUUACGCCAUCGUCGUGGUCGGGGAGCUGCCCUACGCAGAGACAGCGGGAGACAGCACGAACCUGACGCUGGCAGUGCCUGGUGAGAACAUCAUCUCCAACGUGUGCUCGUCAGUGAAGUGCGUGGUGAUUGUGGUUUCGGGGAGGCCACUCUCGAUCCGGCCGCUCGUGGCGCAUAUUGACGCUCUGGUGGCGGCGUGGCUGCCGGGGAGCGAGGGAGACGGGGUGGCCGACGUCUUGUUCGGGGACUACGGAUUCACCGGGAAGUUGCCGAGGACGUGGUUCAUGACCGUGGAUCAGCUUCCCAUGAACGUAGGCGACCCUCACUACGAUCCGCUGUUCCCAUUUGGUUUCGGACUUACCACCCAACCCAGUGGGGAGCAAUGAGGGAGAUACUGGGAGAGUGUAACUGUUCUUUUGGAUUUUAGGUUUUGUCUCAAUUUAUAA